AUCGAGUUGGCAUAAAAAAUCUUUUCUUCGUGUCGUGUUAUUCAUUCCUUAAUUGCGCGUUGCUUUAAUUUGUGGUGUUUGCAGAUCCCCCACGCCUUGAAAAACAAUUUUUUGUGGGCAACAGCGCCGCAUAUUUUCAGAUACUUCAACACACCGUCAAUUGCGUUUAGAGUAUAUUUUUUACCGACCACAAUGAAUCGGCAGGCUAAAUUCCUAAUCUUGUGCCUGUUUGUUGGCCUGUUCUCAGCAAAUUUAUGCGAUGAAGUGACCGUUACUACGCCGGCUUCUAAAGAUAACAACACCACAGUUCCAACCACCUCAACUCCACCGCCGGAAACCACUACGACUGCGCCGGUGACCACCACAACUGAAAAGACCACUACGCCGCCACCAACCACAUCGACAACACCAGCCACAACAACUACUACGCCCAAAUCCACAACGACCACAAGUUCUACAACUCCGGCCAGCACCACUACCACCACCACAACAACAACAACCGCUCCGACAACCACGUCGACCACUCCGCCUCCGAACUCGACCACAACCACGCCGCCACCGCAUACAUCGACCACUCCGGCGCCAAAGCCGGUGCCGUGCGGCCAUUUUGAUGGAUCCUCGUUCAUCGGCGGGAUCGUUCUGACCCUGGGCCUGCUGGCCAUCGGAUUAGUGGCCUACAAGUUCUACAAGGCCCGCAACGAGCGCAACUACCACACCCUUUGAGCCGCCACCGCCUUUACGUCGGCCUUCAACGCGGCAGCCGGAGCGGCGGCGGCCAGCAGCAGUGCCGCAUCAACAGAUGCGGAACGUGUGCGGUUCGUCCAGCCUUCGAUACCGCUGAGAUCGCCGCCGGCGCAACCACCACCGCCGCCUCCCACUCAAAUGAUGGGCGGUGGCAGUGGUGGCGGAGCGGCGGCAGCUCCGCAAAACUGCUCGCCAUCGGCCAGAGAUCGGUUGCUGCACACGUAAUUUAAACGCGGGGAACUACUAUCCACAUAACUGCUAUCCAAAGAGAACCACUUUUUUCCCUAUAAAUCCCAAACACACACACACACACUCAUAAGUCAAGUAAAGUCAGUUCUUUAAUUCAACGAUAACCCCCAGAGCUGAUUUAAAGCGGGCCAGAUAGGAGCAGGCUCUUGAAUUCUUUCCUUAUCAGUCACACGACCCACACUUUCUGAAGUGAAUACAAACAAAUAUUUGUCUUAAAUGCAUAUGUAAGGGCUUUUUGCAAAAAUCAGUUUAUCAGCAAAUUGAGCGGAUGUUCAACGCCUUAUAGAAGGAGCCCGCGGAGCCUGUUACAGGGAAACCAAGGGCGACCAUGAACAGAGAGAAAUUAAAAAUGAUGAGUAAUGAGUUUUAAGAUCAGAAUGAAACAAAACAAGAGGAGUAAGAACAAAUAACAGCAAACAUGUGAGACUGCUUGAUAGCGAGAAGUGAACAGAUCAGUAAACGGAGAGCGGCUGGCGACGGCUUUGUUUCUGGAAUUCAUAGAGCUACGAAAGGAAAUAUAAAUUUUGAUUAUAUUUACACAAUUUUUGAAUAACUAAAAUCAAUUCAUUUUAGAAACUAAGAAUAUUUACUACCUAAACCGAGCUAUACAAAAUGGAAACGCGUUUCAAUUUCCCCAUUUGAUGUGCAUUUUUGUCCCCUCAUAAAAACUAACUUUUGCUGCGUUUCCCCCAGUCUUUUUGCCCACGUAUCGAUUCUCCUCACCCGCUUUUGGUGGGGUCUGUAGUAUUGCAAAAAAUCAAUAAAGCGAAUAACGCGAUGCACAGCAACAGGAUUUACGGGUUGCGGUGCACGGUUGAUAUAUGUUUAUAUGCGAUAUAAACAAAUAUUUACAUAUGUAUGUAUGUAUAUCGCUAAGUAGAUUGCAGCUGAGGAAGCCCCCUGUUAAUGCAUAUACGCAAAUGUUGAAUAUUUUGUACUAGGAUUGAAACUAUACAUAUGAAUUACUUUUACCUACCCGCGCUUACUGUUGGAUAAAUACACCUUUGAAGCUACAAAUCGAUCACAUGAACCCGUCAAGUUUACGCGAAUGAAAACUCUGUGCACAUAAAAAUCUCAUAAGAAUAUAAGCUAAAGUAACCAAUCAAUGUAUAUCCAGUAAAUCACUCAGCCGGCUUACUAAAAAUAUAUAUAUAAAUAUAUCUAUGUCUGUAUAUCGUGUACGAUAAUAAAUAUUUUAAAAAUUUAAA